AUGAGUAGCCCGCGGCGGAGGCUCGAGACCGAUGUCAUGAAGCUCUUGAUGAGUGACUAUGAUGUGACAUUGGUCAAUGACAAUAUGCAGGAGUUCUUCGUCACAUUCAAGGGACCGACAGAGACACCAUUCGCAGAUGGGAGGUGGAAGGUACACGUCGAACUGCCAGAUGCAUACCCGUACAGCUCGCCAUCGAUCGGCUUCGUCAACCGGAUCUUUCACCCCAAUAUCGACGAGCAGUAA